GGAUAACAGGAGGCAGGUUGACGAGCAGGUGAGCAAGAUCCGUGGUCCACAGCCAGGAAUAUACCCGAGUCCUUUGCAGACCAGACAGAAUGCCUUCUCCCAGAUCCUAGAUUAGGACAGAAACUGAGUGGGAUGCUUAACUCAGUAGGAACACUCUGUCUUUUAAAAAAAUUUAUUAGGUCCAAGCACAUGGCUUGUGAGUAAGCCCUGCCCUUUGAUUAUACGCCAGUCAAGCCUUAAAAAGAACACAGGAGUUCUGUUGCUCUCUGGCAACGCUGCCUGCUCUCAACAGCUGAUUUGGCACCUGUUCAAGAGAUCAAUGGAUCGACACAAGAUUCCCCGCACCAAAGAACUGGAAUUUGGGGGCGUUCUAGGUGCUGCCUUCCUCCUCAUCCUAUUGCCGGCCACCGUCUUCUGCCUGUUACUGACUUGCAAGUCAGAACAGGCCAGCCUGUUAGAUUUCCCCCUGCCUUUGCCCACGCUCCGCUCCCUGUGGAAUCCCCAAGACUUUGCACUGGUCUUAGCCUGGGUAGGGCUGCAGGCUUUUCUGUAUAUGCUACCUACAGGGAAGGUCACAGAAGGGAUUGUUCUUCGAGACAAGAGCCGGCUCCAGUACCGUAUUAAUGGGAUCCAUGCCAUGUGGAUCACAGCCUUGGUGGUGGGGGUUGGCAUGGCUGCAGGUUUGCGCCUUAGCUACAUCUAUGACCAUUUACUGCAACUUGCCUUCUCCGCAUCUGUCCUUGCAUUUGGGCUCAGCAUCCUUCUCUAUCUCAAAGCCCUCCUAGCCCCAGGGACAGCACUGGCUCCAGGUGGGAAUUCAGGAAACCCCAUUUAUGACUUUUUCAUAGGCCAUGAGCUGAACCCGCGCAUUGGUGCCUUUGACCUGAAGUUUUUCUGUGAGCUGCGCCCAGGGCUCCUCGGAUGGGCCCUGAUCAACAUGGCUAUGUUAGUGAAGGAGACAGAGCUGAGGGGUAAUCCUUCCUUGGCCAUGAUUCUCGUUAACGGUUUCCAACUUCUCUAUGUAGUGGACUCCUUUUGGAACGAGGAGGCCAUCCUUACCACCAUGGACAUAGUUCACGAAGGGUUUGGCUUCAUGCUGGCUUUUGGGGACCUGGCUUGGGUGCCUUUUCUGUACAGUCUCCAGUCCUACUUCCUAGUCAGUCAUCCGCAGAAGCUGAGCCUGCCUGUGGCUGGAGGCAUCGUCCUGCUAAACGGCCUUGGCUAUUCUAUCUUCCGCAGCGCUAACUCCCAGAAGAACACUUUCCGCCGGAAUCCUGCUGACCCCAAAGUAGCUGGACUCAGAACCAUCCCCACAGCCACUGGGCGGCGCCUGCUGGUGUCAGGGUGGUGGGGGUUUGUGCGGCAUCCCAACUAUUUGGGGGACCUCAUCAUGGCUCUUGCUUGGUCCCUGCCUUGUGGUAUUAGCCACAUCCUGCCUUAUUUCUACAUCUUCUACUUUACCGUGCUUCUGAUCCACCGGGAAGCCAGGGACGAACACCAGUGCUUGAGGAAGUAUGGCUUAGCCUGGCAGGAAUACUGCCGCCGUGUCCCUUACCGGAUCUUCCCAUAUCUCUACUGAGUAGCUGCUUGGCUGGCAAUCAAUCUAAUCACAAUGACACAUAUUCUGCAUGGCUGUGGGAAAGCUCAUGCCAAAAGGACCCAGGUAGGUAAGACAAAGAG